AUGAGCUUCCAGGACACCUUCCACGACCUGGAGGCGGGCCUCCCGCCCCGUCCUCCCCCGCCGCCGCCGCAGGCGGUGGUGGCGCACAGCGUCUUCCAGAUCAACACCAAGGUGUCCGAGCUCCGGCGCCUCGCCGACGCGCUCGGUGCGCCCGGCGUCGGCGGCGACGCCCGCGCCCUCCGCGAGCGCAUCCGGAGGACGCGGGCCGAGGCCACGCGGCUGGCGCGGAACACGGCGCGGAGGCUGGCGGACGCCGGCGCCGCGGCCGCUGUCGGGCCGAAGCUGGCCAUGGACUUCGAGGCCGCGCUGCGGGAGUUCCAGCGGGUGCAGUGGCGGAUCGUCGAGGCAGACCGUCAAGAAACCUCUGUUGCCUCCUACCGUACGCCGUUUGGUCCUCCGGCGCCGAGCCACGCUUCUCACUCAAGACCAUAUCCGAAUAAUGGCGCUGCGACAUCGGCCGGUCAGCAUCGCACCACGCAAACACAGCAGCUCGUAGAAUCAAGGAGGACACAAGAGUUGGUCCUUCUGGACAACGAGAUCACCUUCAACGAGGCUCUUGUACAGGAGAGGGAGCAGGAGAUACUCAAGAUUCAGCAGGAGAUCAACGAGAUCAACGAGAUCGUCAGAGACCUCGCUAAGCUAGUCCAUGACCAGCACGAGACCAUUGACAUCGUCGAGUCCAACCUGGAGACAGCCGCCAUGGAGACUAGUAAGGCACACGAGCAGAUCUCGGAAGCCGUGGUGACUCAGCAGUCGAGCUCGUCGAUGAAGUGCUUGUUGCUGACUGUUCUUGGGCUCUUCAUGUUCAUAGUUGUAGUGCUUUUAGCGUAG